AUGAAUAAGAUUGUAACUAAUAUUAUUGAUAGUAAUGAUGGAUUUGAAAUAAAAUCUAAUAGAGCCAGAUCAGAAGAAAGAACCUCAGAAGGAAUUGGAAUGGCAAAUCAACACAUCAAUGAUGUUUUAGAUGAAAAGAAUUCCAGAUCAAGUCACAAAAAAAACAAAGAAUCUACCUCUGAUAUUAAGGGUUGUGGAGAUCUAGAAGGUAGGCCUCUGGAGAAAGAAUUCAUUAUUAAUAAAAAUUCUGGUAAUUGUUCUGGUAACAAGAAUGGUGUAGAACUUUAUAGAUGCGAUUUGGUUUACGUGUCAUCAAGGAAAAAAGUUCCGAUAACUCCAGUUGAGAGUUGUGAAUUACAACCUAUUGUAAUUUUGAAAGAUAAAAUGGGUAAACUUUGGGACGAUGAUGAUGAGAACCCAGAUAAUCCUGUAAUAAAUGGCUCUGCGAAUAUUUACUACCGUUGGAGUCGAGGGCCAUCUCGUGCAGUAUGUACAUUUCAUCCAAGCCAAAUUGCAAUGUUACAAUGUGCUACAACACUGAGAUGCUUCUGCGGAGUGAACUGCUAUAAACAGGGGUUUGCUCAAUUGAGACGUUUUUAUGAAGUUAGAGGAAUGAGUCCUAUAUCUCCACACCCAAAUAGCCACACAUAUGGUGUUCCUUGCAGACCAUUUCAAUUUAAUGAUCCAGACAACUCCCUGAGAGACAGAGAUGAUUCUCAUAUUUCACUUCUUUUAAAGACAGGAUUAGUUCACAAGUCGAAAGAUGAAGAAGAUUGGAUUCCAGUUGGUGAUCAGAGAAAUUAUUUACCAGUUUCAGAAGAUGUUGGGCAUCAAUUGAAGUUGGAAGUAUUUCUAGUAUUUAAUUCAGGAUUAGAUUCAAAUUCUGAAGUUUUUGAAAAAUUUCUAUCUGAAGCCAGAAAAUCUUCAGAAACAUAUUCGCAAAUUACUACAGCUUGCUGUGUUCCAAAUCUUCCUCAAGCUCCUCCAAGAUGCAUUUUAACUGUACCCAAUAAUCAAAUAAAUGGGAUCGGUGUUAAUCAUAGUACAGGCACAGUUAUUGGUCAUUCUAGGUUUAAAGUUUUUUCUUGGAAUAUUCUUGCAGAAAUAUAUGCCAGCCAAGAAGCAUUUCCUCAUUGUGACGCGUACAUGCUUUCAUGGUCAUAUCGUAAAACUAGAAUAAUUGUUGAAAUUCUGAGUCACCAACCCGAUAUUGUCUGUCUCCAAGAAGUUCAAACUGAGCAUUUUGAUGACUUUUUUAAACCUGUGCUACAACAAUACGGUUAUGAGGGUGUUUAUAAACAAAAAACUACAGAGAUUUUUACGUCCGGUAGCGGAAGAAGAAAGGAUGGGAAGUACACUAUGGAUGGAUGUGCUACAUUCUACAAAACCAAUAAAUUUAUUGCUAAAGAAAAUUAUUCGUUAGAGUUUUCUGCUCUUAUUAAAGAAGCUACACAUAGAACACUCCCAGCUGAAGUUAAAAAUAAUCCUGCUGCGAUUAAAAGACUGCUUAAAGAUAAUGUUGCGGUUGUUAUUCUUCUUGAAUAUCACCAAAAUAACGUAAUUAGCUCCGAUUCAAAUCAUUCUAUUCAUAAUCAGUUAUCAGGAAAUACAUCAGGAGUUAAUAAUAGAGGAAUUGUUGGGAUGAAUGGUUCAACUAAUUUAGUAGUAAAUGGUGUUCAAAAUCAGUCUGGAGUGCUUAUUUCAUCUUCAAAUAAUCAAAUUCAAUCUGAAUCUUCAAAAAAAUCCAUGAAUUCCUCUGCGCCCCUACAAGUUAUUAUUGCCAAUACACACAUAGUAGCAAAUCCAGAAGCAAAUGAUGUUAAAAUCUGGCAGGCACAAACUCUGGUAUCAGUAUUAGAAGAAUAUCUGCAUGAUUGUUACAGGAGACAGCCAGUCUUACCUGGACUUAUUAUUUGUGGUGAUUUCAACAGCACUCCUGAUAGUGCUUUAUAUCGUCUUUUAGCAACGGGAACUUGUGAGAAAACACACAAAGAUCUUGCUAUGGACCGUUAUGGGCUCCUUUCGGAUCUACAACUUGGACACUCAAUGAGAUUACGUAGUGCAUAUUCUAUGGCAAAAGCUAUAGUUGAGGGCCAUAAUCCCAACAUGCUCGCAUCAUCUACCGAAUCUCUUGAACCAGUUUUCACAAAUUAUACGCCAAACUAUCUUGGUUGUCUAGAUUACGUGUUUUACACCGAUGAAAGACUGAGACUUGGGGGAGUUCUUGAACUUUUAGAUGAAGAAGCACUUAUUCGUGAAGCUGCUGCUUUGCAACUUCCCGACUGGUCUCUGCCAAAUCCACAAAGGCCAUCUGACCACCUUCCAUUAUUAACGGAAUUUGAAUGGAAUAUUUAA